AUGGAGAACACGCAAGCCUGUGCGUUGGACCAUAUCGGGUGCCCGCCCUACCGGCUCUCCCGGCGUCGUGUAGUGAAAGAUGCACUCACGGACUCUUCGAGCACCGGGUCCGCACUUCUCUACGGCGCGUUCGUGGCCCUCGUUGCAUCGCUUAUGUCGGCUUUGCUGCUGCUGACGCCCGCAGUCCUGUUCCGGGUGUUGGGGAGCGCUGGCUGCGGCGCCCGAUGCUUCUCGCUCGAGGAAGACCUGCUCGCCUCCAUCAACCACAGCGUGCACCCGUGCGACGACUUCUACCGGCACGUGUGCGGCGGCUGGGAAUCGGUGCGCAAGCGUCGCCACGACGUCCCGCUGUUCAAGUACCGACGCUACGCCGACCGACAGGUGGUCAGCACGCUGCUCGGCCGAUCUGUGCCCCGGGCUCCCAAGAGCGCACUGGACAAGGCGGCCGUGUUCCUGCUCCACUGUCUCAGACAGAGCACGCAGGAAGGCACCUGGGACAUGAAGCAAUUCCUUCGGCAACUGGGCCUCAAGUGGCCGAACCCUUCGGCCUCGAGUCGCGCCGACCUGCUCCGCUCCAUGAUCAGGGCGUCGCUGGGCGUAGGUCUGCCGUUGCUCUGGGGUUUCCACGUGGGCCGGGACCCGGUGUUGCCGGCGCGCCAGAACGCCCUGUACAUAACGCUCGACAAGCGCGUGCUGACCUGGAUGGAGGACGUCCUGAAGCUCGCCCAGCGCGACAGGCUCCGCCUGUACCUGCGACGCUGCGCCGAAGUAGUCGGCGGCGUCGGGCAGUCGUACGCGCUCAUGAUUGCCGACGUGGCCGCCAUGCACAAGGAGCUGUCCACACAGAUACGGGACUUGUGGGACGAGUAUUCGCCGCCGGCGUACCAAGCGCUCAACGACAGCGAGCUGCGCCUCGCCAUCAACAGUGAGCUGCCGGAUGACUCGCAGCUGUGGUACGACGACGCUCUGGUCAACCUGCAGCCGCGUCUGUACGAAGCGUUCGACCGCGACCAGCUCAUGGGGGACGAUGCGAGACGCAAGAGGCUCAAGCUCUGGCUGGGCGCCUACGCCGUUUGGACGGUGACCCCGUUCGCGUCGAGGUCUCUCUUCUCCUCCUUGCUCGACGACAUUGGGUACGUCGACCUGUGUUGA